ACGGUCUUUACUAUAUAUGGGCAAAGCCGAACCGUCCGCGCGCAGCCGCCUCUUCCGCGUUCAGCGAUCCGCCGGUGACAGAAGCGCACCGAUCAAGGGCCGUUUCAGCCGCCUUCAGUCAGUCAUUCAUUCACUGCAAGAGAGAUAAAGCCGAGAUGUCCUACGAGCUCAAGAGCGUGUUCGCCAGCCUUCCGCACAUGGAAAGGGGCGUGGCCAAGGUCCUGGGCGGAGACCCCAAAGGGAACAACUUCCUGUACACCAACGGCAAGAGCGUGAUCAUCAGGAACAUCGAGAACCCAGCGAUCGCAGACGUCUACACCGAGCAUCCUCAUCAGGUUAUCGUGGCCAAAUACGCUCCCAGCGGUUUCUACAUCGCGUCGGGGGAUGUGUCGGGGAAGAUCCGUAUCUGGGACACGACGCAGAAGGAGCACCUGCUGAAGUACGAGUACCAGCCCUUCGGAGGGAAGAUCAAGGACAUCGCCUGGACCGAGGACAGCAAGAGGGUCGCCGUGGUGGGGGAGGGGCGAGAGAAGUUCGGCGCGGUGUUCCUCUGGGAUUCGGGCUCGUCAGUCGGAGAGAUCGUGGGUCACAGUAAGAUCAUCAACAGUGUGGACAUCAAGCAGACGCGGCCGUAUCGUCUGGUGACCGGCAGCGACGACAACUGCACCACCUUCCUCGAGGGACCGCCCUUCAAGUUCAAAUGCACCAUUAGUGAUCACAGCCGCUUCGUCAACUGUGUGCGGUUCUCUCCGGACGGGAAUCGUUACGCUUCGGCCGGAGCCGACGGACAGAUUUUCCUGUAUGAGGGUAAAACUGGAGAGAAGCUGGGCUCUCUGGGAGGAGAGAAGGCUCACGAUGGAGGCAUUUACGCUGUCAGCUGGAGUCCUGACAGCACGCAGCUGAUCUCGGCGUCAGGUGAUAAGACGGUCAAACUGUGGGACGUGGGCAGCGGCACGGCCAUCACCACCUUUAACCUGGGCUCAGAUGUUCUGGACCAGCAGCUGGGCUGUCUGUGGCAGAAGAACCACCUGCUCAGCGUCUCUCUGUCCGGAUACAUCAACUACCUGGACAGGAGCAACCCGGACCGGCCGCUGCGCACCAUCAAGGGACACACCAAAUCCAUCCAGUGUCUGACGGUCCAUAAGACAGACGGACGGUCCAGCAUCUACUCGGCCAGCCACGACGGACACAUUAAUUACUGGGACUCGGAGAGCGGCGAGAACGAGGGGUUUGUGGGUAAAGGACACUCAAACCUGGUGUCCAGGAUGGCUGUGGACGAGUCCGGCCGUCUGGUGACCUGCAGCAUGGACGACACGGUCCGCUACACUGACCUGAGCAAGAGCGAGUACAGUGCGUCACAUCAUGUAGUGAAGAUGGACAUGCAGCCCAAGUGUGUCAGCGUCGGUCCUGGAGGUCUCGCUGUCACCGUGUGUAUCGGACAGCUGGUGCUGCUGAAGGACAAGAAGAAGCUCUUCACGCUGGACUCUCUCGGGUACGAGCCCGAAGCCACAGCGGUUCACCCUGGGGGCGGAGCUGUGGCUGUGGGCGGAGCUGACGGGAAGGUGCGUCUGUACUCGGUCCAGGGAAACACCCUGAAGGAUGAUGGGAAGGUUCUGGAGGUGCAGGGGCCUGUGACGGACAUGUCGUACUCUCCGGACGGAGCGUUUCUGGCCGUGACGGACGAGAAGAAGGUCAUCUCUGUGUUCACCGUCGCUGAUGGAUACACGGAGAAGAGUGAGUUCUACGGUCAUCACGCGAAGGUGGUGUGUCUGUCCUGGUCUCCUGAUAACGAGCGCUUCGCCACCGGCGGCAUGGACAUGAUGGUGUACGUGUGGACCGUCAGCGAUCCCGACAAGAGGAUCAAAAUACCAGACGCCCAUCGGCUGCAUCACGUCAGCGGUCUGGCCUGGCUCAACCCCAACACACUCGUCACCACGUCCCACGACGCCUGCGUCAAACAGUGGAACCUCAAAAACUAAACUCUGCCUCUGGCUCCGGGAUCAACAGGAACAGAGACGGCCGUCUCGCUCUCGCUGUCUUUCUGUCGCUCUUCCUCUGUCCUUCUGUCGUUAGAUCACUGCUGCUCUCGUUUCUCUGCACUGGAAACCAGCUGACCAACAAACACCAGUCAUGUGUGUUUAGUGUCACCGCGCAGACAGACAGACAUCAAGCACUUGACCGCACACACACACACACACACAC